UUCAUGAUCCCGAGUUUCAUUUUUUAUUAAUAUUUAACCAAUAGGGCAUGAUUACAAAAAUUGUGCUAACGUGAAUUGGGAAAGUCAUUUGACAAGGUUGCACAGUAUUUUAUAACUUUGGUAUGGAAAUUAUGUCAAAAACAUGAAAUGACGGAGAGUCCAUAGAAAGACUCUUUAGCAUUUCUCUUGUGCUUAACUCUUUGAGCACAGAAUGCCAUAUUGUGCCCUAUGAACAAUGUGCACGCCUGCAAAUUAAGGAUCCAAAUAAUAUUUUAGUUGCUGCUGUGUUGCUGUAUAGGACACAUAUAUUGGUGUCCUUAAGCCUCAUAUGGCACCAUUAACUUUGCAUUUGCAGUGCCCGUAUUGUUUGUAGUGGCACCGAAUAAUGAGCUCUGUAAAAAAAUUCCAAAUUUCUUGUUUAUGAUGAAGGUAAUAUGAGUUUUCUUCUUUUAGUAUUUAUCUCAUUGAAUUCAUAUAUAAGUUAGGCUUCAUUUCUUUUUAGCGUAUAAGCUCUUGUCCUUGCAAAGUGGUAGUCUCAAAUCAUUCAAUCCAAAAUAAUCUUGGGAGGUGGGAGUUCAGAGUCCAUGCAGAAAAAUCUGAAAACAAAAUUAGCUUGAAGGUCUUGGUGAACAAUUUGACCAACAAAGGCAUUUUCGCUGAGUGUGAUAAUGAUUUCGUUGAUGUUCUCUUUAGUUUCUUGACAGUCCCUAUGGGAACUAUUGUUAGGCUUUCCCAUCAUUCGGAAUCCUUUGGAAUUGGUUGCAUUGGCGACUUAUUUGGAAGUGUUGAGAGUCUUGAUUUACAGCUUUUUCAAACUAAAGAAUGUCGAGACAUGUUGUUACGUCCCCACAAUGGAGCUGAAGAUCUUUUGAGGAACCUGAAAUUGAAAUAUGAUCAAUGUGAGCCCCCACUGUACUUUAAGUGUGCUAAUCGAUAUUGUGGCAGUUCUGCACAAAGGUUUAGUUAUUACGAAACUGUUCAUUGUUGUUCUGGGUGUCUGAUGAACAUGGAGACCAUUUUUACAACGAAACAAGCUGAAGGUGGUGGGGUUUUUGUGGAAGGACCGAGGAGAUUUAUUAUUGGUGAUGAUUUACAGGUACUGCCUCCAUUUACUUCUGCAGUAUCUUCUUUAGUUUCGAACCAUGGACUCACGGGCUGGAAUAGCGUUGAGGAGCUGACUUUUAAUGUGGGAGUUGAUGAGGUUUUGAAUUUGCUUAUGCGCUCAUUAGUAUCAGAGACACCUCUGACCGAAACUCUGCUGAAGGAUAAAACCAUACCAAGCAUGACUGACGAAAACAUUGACCAAGAUUUAUGCAUUGAAUAUCGAGAGGUGGGAGGAAAAAGGAAAGAGGAAGAAGAAGAGAUUUCUAUCAGGCCUGUAGUUAGCAAAUAUAAGAAGAAGGUUUAUUAUGCCGAAGUGGGGGAGGAUUUUGUUAAUUUACUCUUCAGUUUCUUAACUCUUCCACUAGGGUUUGUAGUAAAACAAAUGCAACAUAACUCUUUGAAAUGUUGCAUUGACCAGCUGUACAGAAGUGUCCAAGAUCUUGAUGAGCAGUACUUGAAGUCAAAUUUACACAAGAGAAAGUUGGUGAGUCCUAAGCUUCUCCCUGGAUUUGGCUACAAGAAUCAUCUUCUGGUAAUUGAGGAAGCAUCGUAUAAAUUGACUUACUCCGUAGAACCCAAAUCCCAUCGUAAAGAAGAUUUUGUUGACUUCGUAGACCCCAAAUCCCAUCAUAAAAAAGAUCAUAAAGGUUGUGGAUUCUUGAAAGGACCGACUAUGUUCAUGGUAACUGACUGUCUCCAUGUAAGUCCGAUAUCUGCAAUUGUCGGCAUGUCAAUUCUGUGCGAACUGAACGUACCUGUGACUGAUGUUGAGGUACGAGUGGCUCACUUGGGGAAAGAGGAGGCUAUCCGUCUUUUGGUGGCUUCUUUUGUUUGUGCCUCUGCUCUAACUAGUGUCUUCCUUACGAAGCCAAAGUGAUACGGAGGUUUAGGGUGCCUACAUUUUCUAAUUUAAGAAGGGAAUAUGCACCUUCUGUUACAAAUUUAAGUACCUUUUUUCUUGCACUAUCAUCGUUUUGUGUUAUAUGACCUAUAUUUUGUGCUGCUUCUAGCAUAACUAUUUAAGGGAUGCACCUUGCUAUUUCAGAUAAUAUUCUUGUUUCUUUCUCUUCA